UCGCGCACGACAUCUCACGGCGUGCACACGUAUGUAUGUUGCGGCUCGGCUCGUCCGAACACUCACUUUUGGCGGGUUUUCGCACGGACGCGGGUGAACGUGACGUGACUCGGAAUGCGCGCAUGUUGUCAACCCGCCCGGAGCGCCGUCGCAGUGAAAUCUGUGGCCAUUUGGAUUGCAGUGUUGGAUCGUUGGAUGUAAUAGUGCGCUCUGGCGUAAUUUUUUUGUAAGACAAACGGAUACGGUGUCCAUGAUGUUGACUCAUGCGUGACGCGCUUGAUCGCUGAAAUCGGGAUUAUGAUUAAUGACAAAUCGCUGUGUUCUGUUGUUAUCUAACUAUAUUAGAAUUUCUAAACACGUCAGCUUCCAGACAAUUGAAACGGUAACUGAAGAUUGAAAGUUAAAUUAGAUUAGAACAGCUAGAGAAACUGACAAGAACUUAUGGUCGUUUCUAUACAGAUGUAAGUAAUGCUAAUCACAGAUUUUGAGUGACGUAAAAUGUUCGUACGUGGUGUCGAUUAAAGUGCCAGUUGUAUUGUGUCUAAGUGUAUAAAUAAUUUGCAACAAUUUCGUUCAGUGGUGAUAAAGUGGGUGGCGGGGCAGCUGGUAUGCAUAUGUGCUAUGAGAGGCCGGGGCUGGUCAACGCGCUGAACGCGCCAAACGUUGGGUACGACAAGUGGGAUCGGGGCGGGGCGUCGGGCGGCGCGGGGGGCGCGGGUGGCGCGACGUGGUCGGGUCGCGAGCGCGACGCCCGUGACGCCCGUGAAUCCCGCGACGCCCGUGACACGCGUGACCGUGAGCGUGACAGGGAGCGCGAGCGGCAGGCGCGCGCCCAUCAAAUGUCGCACGCCCAUACGUCAGAGCCCCCAGACAACUCUUCGCUCUUCCCUGCACCAUUCAGAGUGACGGGUAACCGGGAUCGUGUGAGCCAGCAAGUUCAGAUCAAGCUGGGCGACUACCAUCUCGCACAGACCUUACUCGACGACCCCAGCAAAUCUAUUGGAAUCUGUGCUGAACCCGCCAGCCCUGCUCCAUGUCAUCCGUCAAGGCGAGAAAGCGAAUUUAAGAAGCCUGCGCACGCACCACAAAAUGGACGGAUCCACCAUCGACCCUAUCCCUACAAUAAGAGCGAAGGCCUCAGCUCUACGGGGUCGACGGGUCAUCGGCCGCCUCCUCUGCGGAUACCUAACGGUUUCACAGCCCAGAACGCCAUCGACAGCAGCAGUCAACCGCCUAUAGAAAGUAUUUUAAAGGAGAUGAAGUCCCUACCCACCCCACUCUCGGUGAUAGCAGCCACACCCAGGAAAGAGGCCGAGAAUAAAUUUAUUUUCAACCCGUACACGAAUAAGGUGCAAGAGAACCCUCAGUUGGCAAACAACGAUCUCAAAACACCUGUCACUAAAUCUGGUUUGGACAGUCGAAUAUCCAACUCUCGGAAUUCAAUUUCACCUGACGUAGUUAACAAGGACCUUGGUCUGUCUGAGAGUGAUGACGAGGUCGCAGCCACUACAACCAGGCUAGAACCAAUCCUCUCACCGAUACGCUCCGGUGGUAGUCCGAGUUCCGGCAGCGAGUCUUCACCUUCGGACUCUGAGUCAGAGUCUUCUUCAGCCGAGUCCACGGCUCCAGUGCCAGCCCCCGCCCCAGCGCCGCCACCCGCCCAGCGCCCCUCGUGGGGCCUUUCGAACUUCGCGCCUCCACCGCCGGAACCUCCAGACCAUCCGGACUUGACAAAUGUACUGGCUGAUGCGAAGGGAAAACCGCAGAGUCCGAUAUCGGAUCUGACGGAUUCCGAAGCAUCGUCGCCAUCUCCGGGGGUUAGGCGUCGCAGGUCUCUCGCCAAUAAUCGCAUCUCCACUGCAUCUAGUGAUGAAGAAACUCCUCGAGCUGUGCCGGUUCGACCACAAGCAUCGCCAAGCGUGCCACAACCAAUUCCAGGCGGUUCUCAAAGUACAGGGGUCAAGCGUGGGCGGCCGCCUAAAGUUCGAACGUCGGAAGAACGCCCGCCUAAGAAGAAGCGCGGCCGCCCAAAGAAGACUCGCCCACAGUCGCCGGCUCCGCCUGACAGCGAGCCGGAACCUGAUCCUCCCGUACAUCAUGCUUUACAGGAUACUAAAACGCAUAUCUUUCGUAAGGUUUUCACUCCUAAAAAGGGUGACGAAUGCGGAGGAAAGGGUGGCAAAGGGGGCAAAGGAAAAGGAGGCAAGGGUAAAGGUCAAGUGACGAUAAUCGAAGUGACAGCGCCCGAAUCCGGCGCUGAUGACGACGACCGCCACAGAGACCGCUCCACCGAAAGAAGAACCGAAGAAGCUAUUGCCAGGGUUUCUCCUCCCCAGGAAUCAGAGACCUACGGUAGGAGGCGAGACGCCGAGAGAAAUGCUAAUGAUAGGAUACAAGGAACUCCCAUUGAAAGGCCAGACUACCGCCGCACAGAAGACAGACCAACAAUAGAACGCACUUCGGUAGACCGACUCCCAGACAGAAUAACCAAUGAUCGGUUAGUCCCCGAGAGGAUACCUUCAGACAGGAGGUCCACAGAUCGACUGCCCCCGGACAGACCGGAUCGGAACGAUCGAGCCCAGGACAGACUAUCGAACGAUCGCUUCCAAGACAGAAUAUCCACAGAUCGACUCCAGGAUAGAAUUUCCACAGAUCGACUCCAGGAUAGAAUUUCCACAGAUCGCUUCCAGGAAAAACUCUCUUCCGACAGAUUGCAAGAGAGAUUAUCAAACGAUAGAUUGUCGAACGAUCUCAUCUCCCCUGAUCGUAUAUCCGACAGGUCUUCAGACAGAUUGUCGACGAGCGAUCGAAUGGAUCGAAAAUCGGGCGACAAAAUGUCGAUCGACCGGUCGAGCGACAAGUUGGAUAGGUUGUCGAGUGAUAAGAAGAUAUCUGUGGAUCGGGUGGAGAGGAUAACGCCGGAGAGAGCAGAGGCAGACGUUGGAUUUGUCCAGUGUCCUGUGCCUAUAGUGUCGGAGCGCCGCAGUCGUUCCCGAGUAUUAGUGAGUAUUCCCUUGGGUCGUCUCCGAGCUGAGCUGGUCCGUGCCUUGCGUACUCCGAGAAGACCUGGCCCACCACCGGCGCAGGUCAACACUCCUCUACAGAGCGAAGUAGCGGCGACAAACCAUGAGCGGCCGCCCCCUUGUCUGGGCCAGACUCCGAUCUACUACUCCUACUUCGAACAGUUACCCGCCGACGCGCUUUCUGAUGAAGAGCGGGACCACAAAUACUACCUCGCGGAAGCGAAACGUCUCCGAUCGGCGGCGGAAAGCGAACAGCACGCUCUACCACGCGUCAUGCUGUACCUGGAAUCCGUGCUUUGCUUCGUUUUGACCGGGCGCGUUCUGGAACUGGAGUUGGACACCAAAAGGGCCUUCACGAUAUACCGGGAGACCAUCGAGUAUAUCAAGUCCAUACACUCGAUGCCCCAAAGGAUCAGGGCCGAAGCGAGGAAAAAGGGAGGGGAACCUCACUCUACUUUUAGCAAACUGGACAUACUGAGCCUACGCGUGCAAGCGCUGCUGUAUCUUCGCAUGUUCAAGAUGUACAAUCGUGAAGUGAAAGAGUACUACAAGAUCGUGCAAGAGUAUCAGCAAAAGGUUGGUAAUCCGGCCUGCGCCGAGUCGGUUUCCCCCCUCUCGCCGACCCCUUCCCCCGCGGGGUCCGUGGGCUCGGGCGGUUCGGCGUCGAGCGGCUAUUGCUCCCUGGCGCACGCGGUUCCUGCGCAUGCGCACAACGCCCUACUUCAGCUCACCAAGUACUACACGUUCCUGUACGUCGCGCACGAUCUAUGGGAACAGGCCGAUUGUUUGUGCCGGUUGAGGCCUAAUCAAGAUCUGUUCAUAGCAGUGGAUCGAAAAUGCGGACCGCUGACACUCUUCUCGACGUUCAGACAUCUCGUACAAUAUGUGCGUUAUGCAAUCUCCCUUCUAAAGAGUGCACCACAGUGACACACAGACAGCGUGUCUCGCAUAGUGAAUGGCACACAGUCUCACACACGAACACAGAGAAGCAACCAAUCGGGAUAUCGACCGACGCGGCCGGUUUGAGCGGACCAACGUGUUUCGAAGUUUUUGGCCUAAACUAUUUAGCAGUCUUAAGUAUGGUUAAACGCGAACGUGCACGUAACAACGUAUACGUAUACGUUAUGUACAUAUAUCAGAAGCAUCACAAUUUUACAAAUAUAAUUAUGAAGAGAACAUUGCAAACAUUACGUUCAAUGUCGUUUUGAAUAGUUUAUCCAUGCGUUUGGUAUAAUUUAUCUGAUGAAUGCGAUCGUCUUUUUGGUUCCAAAUAUGCCCAUAUUCUUCCAUUUUGGUAGUAUUAUGUGAUUUAAUAUAUUGUUUCUGAUACAGUUACUGAAUGUGUUCCCAAUUAGCGAUUUUUUGUGGCAUUGGUAUGUUUAUACGACUGAGACAAGUAGACUACGCAUUCGUCGGGUUUCUAUACGGAUACCAAUAGUGAUAGCUACGAAUCGUAGUUGUUAAUAGAAAAAUCUACAUAGCCAUUCGAUUUGCAAAUAAUUGUACUUAAACCAUGUAUUCAACUAACGUAUUCCAAAUGUGUUUUACUGAAAUAACUUAAACUUUUCUUCGUUAGUUAAAUAUAUUGGCCGUAAUAUUCUAAAUGAAAUGUAAGCAAUAUUAUUAAAAUUACUAUUUUUAUGAUGAUAUAAUUUGAAUGAAGUAUAAAUAUAUAAAUGUGUAAAAUAUUUUGAUUGCGCUACUAUUUUGCGAUAUACGAAUAAAUCCCAAAACCCCUAAACGUGACUCAAACUUCAGUUGUAAAUUUUGUGAACAAUAUAUAUGUAAUAAGCGAAUUGUUUUCAAUAGAAUUUUAAAAGUGAACAAUAUUUAAACCGAACAAGAGUCGAGCAAAUAUUUCAUUUAAAUUUAUUUAUGCUUUAGAAUGACAAUAAACAUUGACGAGCCAAGAGAAUAUUUCAAAUUUUUCCAAAUGUAAAAUUUAAUAUAAUUAUAAUUCGAACAAAUGGUAAAGUGCAAAUUUUGAUGAAACCACAAAGAGUACAAGACAUUCUAAAAUCGGUCGCGAUUCAAUUCAAUCUCUAACACCAAUUUAUAUCUAUCGGUUGUUUAAAUUUACGUUGUGAUUGUAAAUAUAUACAUUUUGUAUUGCAUAUACAUGUUAGUGCCAGAUAGGUUUUGUAUGAAUGUUUAUAUUAGGGCGAGGACUAAGGACGGGCAUUUUAACGAACGGGCGACCAUUGACGGCGAACGAAAUUCUUUGCUAAUCGAGAUGCCUUGUAUAUAGUAUAUUAAGAUGUAGUUUUCACUUUAUAUUUUAUGUAAACUAUUGCUAAGCGGACAAGAUAUUUGACAUAAGCGAUCGGGACGCGUGUUGAGAGGAGCUUGCAGCGUUCGAUUUAGUAUAAUUUAGUGUUACAGCCUUUGACUACGUUUAGGUAACCGACCUAUCAACUAGGUGUUUAGAAACACCCUGGUUUUGAAAGGGUAAGAUUUAGUUGAUUUAGUCGGAGUAGAGUUUUAGCGCCAAGUAUGACUUCUGUGGGUGAAAAGGCGCGACUGAAUCUUCCCCUUAGACUAACCGUCAAGUUAAUGAUUACCGCCCUACGCUAGUUACCUGCUAACGACAUGAGAAGAUCACUUCUCUACUUAAAUAUUUAUUGCGUAUACAACGCUCGCUUAACGCAUCGGUUUUUUUUCGUUCCAAAUGAAUCGGUACUUAUAUGCACAAACUAUUUAUAAUCUAAACUAUUAUUUAUUAUCACAAAUUGUAAUUUAUUUUAAUGAUAGCGCAGUUUACUUAAUAAGUCGCGAUUCGGGCUCUUCAGAUAGACUAACUUAAACCGCGACUCAUUUGAGAUUACUUUAGUUAUAUUUGUGGCCUCGCCCAAUCAUACGCUUUAUAAGACGCGCGCUUUGCAUUGACAUGGACGCGUCUACGUUCCUUCUGCGUCCACUCGGGGCCUAAACAGUUAGAUCUGCGCUCAAGUGCCUUGGAAUCGCUAGUUUAUUCUUAUGUAAGUUUCUUUAAGUUUAUUUCAAAAUUAUUCUUUCACCUCUUUUCGAAACUCGCAUUUAUGUACUUUGUUUUUGUUAUACUUUUUUUAGUUCAUAACUAUGUCAUACUACAUUUGUUGCUCUUUAUCAUUAGGUUAUGUAAAGAAUUAUGUAUCACAAAUAUUUCAUAUUAAUUGUAAAUACUAUUAUGUCCCGAUUCGGGCGUGGUCUUAUAUCAAAUCCCUAAAAUUGAAACCAAAUUAUUAAAUGAUUGUAUAGAAAAGGCCGAGGACGCCGCUCGGCGCGACAUUGUUUUAGGUAAUUUGUAAAGUCUGUUUUCUUUCUGUCAUUUAAGUAGCCUUGUGUUGAUAGUAUGUAUGAUUUGUUUUUUUUUACAUUAUUGAUUUAAUUAAUUAUAUGUAUAAAUUUGUUUUUCCUUUAAUUUUAUUAUUUGUGUAACCUAUGUUAUUGAUGAUAGAAUACAAUAAUUUUUAUGUAUAUAUAAUUUUUGGUUAUUUUUUUUCCUUUCCCUUUCGUGUUGCCAAAUAAUUAAUUAAUUUGAGGGGUAUAACACCCUAUAGAACAGCAAUGAUAGGUUUUAAUUAUUGGCAAAGUAUUCAAAAAAUGAAAUGACGAAUCCGCUCGCAAAAUUUAGUUUUUGCGAAACGACGAAAUGGUUUCGAGCUACGCAAGAAAUAUCUAAUUCGCAAUUAAAUCAUAAAUGCAAUUUUAUUACUAGAGCCGCCAUUAUUAUGCCCUUAAUGCAAUAAAGUAGUUUUAGUGAAAUACGCCAAGAUUGCCUUAUGCAAAGUGUCUUUCAGAACUGCCACAAUAGUUUAUAAUAAUUCAGUACCGUUAUUUAAUACUUCAUAUACAUUUUUAUAGAAGUAUAGGAUUGGAAAUGGUUUAGUCAAGUUAUGGGUGGCUAUCCACUUUGAAUCUAACUUUAAGAGAAGACUUUGUUACAAAUUGAAAUUUUGUUGUUUAUAGAUAUCUAAAAACAGAAUGUUUCAAAUACGGUUCGUUUUAGAUUUUCAAAAGAAAGUAGAGUGGAAGUCACGACAAGGAACGUUGCUAAGAAUAUUUUGAAAGGCGUUAAUGUUAAACGGUACUGAAUAAAAACGUUAGCAAUAUUCAGCAAUGGAAGAGCUAUAGAUAUAAUAUCGUUGUCAAUAUUUUAUCUACGUAUAUACAAAAGAUCGCUGCAAGCUCGUAUAUUUUUAAAGUAUAUGUAUAUUAUCGAUAUACUUCGGUCUCUAAGCACUAGAAAUGUCUAAAGUUAAAACAGCAAAUACAAAAUUGUUCUGAUUGCUUUUGGCAUAAGAACAAACUGCUUAUGUCAGUUAGCUUAUAUAAACGCUUUGUAUACGAUAGGUAAGGUACAAAAGGAAAAACAGCAGUGCAGCGAAAAGCGAGAAAACGUAUCAUUAAAAAGGAAACUUUUAAGAAUCGAUUAGUUAAGCUACACGAGAUACCGUUUUGUUUAAUAAAGCCUUGUGAUUGGCCUUUAUUACUGAUAUGAUAUCAUCUAAGUACCUGUUGAUGCAAUUUAAGUGGUCUAGAAAUUUAUAUUUAAUAUAGCAUGCGCGUUGUUAAAUAAGUUACCUAUGGCAUUUUGUAGACAUUAUUACUGAUUAUAUCUCGGCGUAUCAGAAAAAAAGGGCUCCCAUGUCUGUUGAAAAGCAAAAAAUUCGAUUUGGCCAUUACGAAAGUACUUUAUUAGUUUAUAAUAUAACAAAUUUACGUAGCUGAUAUCAACUUUAUAUUAAUGUACAGUAUUCAAUUUAUUGGGAGGAAAGUACGAAACAUUCUAAGGCGCUUCUGUAAGUAAUAUUACUCAAUUAUAUAAUUUUGUAUAAAAAAAUAACACCACCUAUAUUGUAAUAAGAGUGUUAUAUAUUACUGUUAAGCUAAACUUUAUCGACUAUAUUUUUACAUUGAUUUGAUGUUAGAUUUAAUAUAAGUCGGCGUAUUAUAAGUUUUAUGUGUCUGAACUUUUAAAAUCAAUUGUAGUAGCAGCUAGUUAAUAUAAAUCCUAAUCGGAUAGUGUCAUUUAUUUUAGUAUUGAAUAAAGUUCAAAAUUAAAUUCAAAUUGUGCCUUAGUGAAUGGAAACCUAAUUUUAUUUGGGAGUAAGGAAAGAAAAGAUGUAAAGUGAACGGUAAAAUUUCAAAUAGGUAUCAAAGUCAAUCUUAGUCUAAGAUUUACUGAUGCUUAAAUUGUUUGACCCUUUCUGAGAAACUUGAAUAUGCAAUAAUAUUUAACAUUUCGUUUAAUAAAAUGUUGUAAAGAAUAAUUGAUUUUAUUUAGUAUUUACAUUAUAUGUAGUUGAGUAUAUGUCGUAGCAAUAAUUUAAGCGUGGCAAUAAGGUCUAGUGGUUUUGCUUUUGUGUCUUUGAAUAAUAUUAAAUAAGAUGUAUAUUGUACUUUUCUCGUCCUCGUUAGAGAACCGGAUGCUGUAUACUGCUUCUAAACUAAUUUCCAGUUUUAAUGUAUAAUUUUAAUUACUUAACUCCACGGAUUAAGUAUAAUUAGAGAAUUUUAAUAUUUCGAUGUUCGUGUUUUUAUGUUUUAUCGCUGGUGUUGUAGUUAUUUCCUCUAUCUUCGAUCCGACCAAUCGCUUGAGUAAUGCUGGGUCCAAACUAUGCGUCGGUAAGAUAAAUUAAAAAUUCGUGUAAUUACUAAAAUACGGUUUCAUUUUAAAUUGAUGAUUCGCUAAGUUUGGUCACAGCAGGUAAAUUCUUACUGCUAUCGUUUGUUUGUAGCGACGGAUAAGAAAUUCCAAUUGUAGCAUAAGACUAAGUGCCAACGCGACGCUUUAUAAGUGCAAUUCCUUCUCAAUUACUGUACCUCUGUUUACAUCGUAGAACUCUUACAAGGCCCGUGUACUAACACAAUAACAUACGAAAAUUUAAUUUGAAUUUGGAACUGGACCUACAAUUGCUAAAGUAACGUCGAAGCGUGUCUAUAGCGCGAAGUUAGCACCGCUCGGAGCUCUCAAGCCUUUUAGAUGUUUUGUACGAAGUUCACGGCUUUUGAAUUGUCAACGGUUCGCGUGAGGUGUACAGCCGUCGGCCCGAACACUUAACCGUAGUGCAUGUGAACGAUUAGUGUAAAGUUACCACGCCUCUUUACCGGGCGUUAGACGAAAAUAUUAUUUUUCUUAGAUCACAUUAUAUUGUAAAGUGGUAAAUUAUAGAAGUACGUGCGUGCGGUGCGUGCGCAGGGUUGUCGAGUUACAAACAAAUUGAUAUUUUUUUACGAGCGUCCCGAAGUGCGCAACGCACCAACGCACGUAUUUGUUAUGUUUAAGAAGAAAUAUCUAUUGUCUAUUCCAAGGGUUGAAUACUACCGACACUUUUUUAUAUUACAAUAAUUAUAGAAAUUAUUACUGAA